UAUAUAAUGAAUUAAUAAUAUAAUAUUAAUAUUUUAUAUUUAUAGCAGUGACGUAGUCAUACUCGUAUGAUGAGAGGGGGGACAAUUGUCCAAGGGCGCUAACUUUUUUACAAUCCCCUCCUAGUAAACGAACGACAUAAGAAGCAAUAAUAUUUCUGUCACUAGGUGCGUAAAACAUUUGUUAAGCUACUGAUUAAUUGAAAUAGAAUUGGCUAACAGUAGAAUCUAAGCUGAAAAAGCCAUAACUACUACAGAACAUAACAUAAUAACCUCGAUAACAACAGUACAAUUAGAAUGGAUUUAUAUUUAUACACACAUUAUGAUUUUUAAAUAACUACAUCCUGUAUGAACCUAAUGUCUAUAUGGAUAUAUAAAAUAAUAAUAUAUUUAUAAGUUGAUGAUUAUUCAAGCAGCAUCUGUAUAUAAUUUGUACAUAAAUAUAAGCAGGUUUCCGUGCAGUCGUUUUUCUAGUUUUCAAGCAGACAGUUCAUUAAUAUUUUAAUUUUAAAAAUACAAUUUUAAGUUAGUAAUAUUUUUAAAUUGUGAGAAGUGAUUUGAGUGCUUAACAAAUGGUGUAUUUAUGACGGAUUAACUUUUUUUUUCUAUUUUAAUUGAAAACCAUUGUUCGUGAGAUUUUAGUGAGUUUACUGAUAUUGUAAUAAAAUCAUUCAGUUUCUUGACUAUUAUUUCAUAAACUCUGUGAAUUGUAAAUAUGGCCAAUGACGAUUUGGAUGUAUACAUUGACAGUUAUUCCAAAAAAUGGCGUCAAGCCUUAUUAUUGUUGCUAAUGACUGGUACACCUGGGAUAUUCAAUGCUAUACAAAUAUCAUCAUACGUAUUCUUAGUUGACAAACCUUCAUAUUGGUGUGAUUUACCGGUUUUGAGAAUAGCAGGAUGGAGUGAUCAAAUGAUCUUAAAUGUUUCUACACCAAAAUUACAGGCUUGGGCUACUAUGACUAAACUUGUUCCAUCUGCAGUCUAUGCUAAUAUCAAUCAUGAUAACCAAGAAGCUGAUGAAAUUGAAAUGCCAAAGAAGAGAGUUGGUAAAUUUGUAGAAUUUUUUUCAACUUUUUCUUCAUUAUUUUCUACCUAUGAUUUAUCUGCCAAGACUCUAAUUUGUUUUUCUUGUGGAUUUGUGUGUGGUUUAUCAUAUUAUGUUAUUGCAUUAAAUGGUGAUAAUAUUACUGCUGAUCGUUACAUAUAUAUUGCUUCAAAUGGAAUUGUUGAAGGUCUAGCUUAUUUGUCAACUAUUCCAUUAUUACUUUAUACGGGACGAAAAAAAGCUGUUUCUGGUUUAUUUUUAACAUCAGGAAUAUUACAGCUUGCAUUGUUAGCAAUACCACAAGAAAAAUCAAAUCUCUUAUUAUUUGUUGCUUUGCUUGGUAAAUUCUGUGUAAGUGCUGUGUUUUCAGUUAGUUUACUUUAUAUAUCAGAAUUAUAUCCAACUUCUAUAAGAAAUACUGGUCUUGGAGUCUCAUUGACUAUUUCUCAAAUUGGAUCUAUUAUUGCACCUUAUAUAGUUGAACUAUUGGGAGCUAAGGCAUGGUACAUUCCAAGUACAGUAUGUGGAAUACUAGGCAUUUUUGUUUCAAGCUUAGUUCUAAUGUUGCCUGAAACAAAAGGAACAGUAUUACCAGAUACCAUAGUUGAUAUUAAAAAAACUAAUUUUGUCAAAGUUACCAAUUGUUGUCAGUUUUAAUUGCCUUAUGUUAAUUAUUCUUUUUUACAUGAGAUUUAUGAUUACUUUAGAAUCUUAAUUGUUGAUUUUAAUUUUUAAAACUAU